ACUGUUGUAAUAUAAGUGUCAAUAAACCAGGUGCAAAAAGUACAAACGAAAAGAUAACAUUUAGUUUAACAAAUGGAGCGUUCUUCGGGCUUAAAUAUGUUACAAGCUGAAUUGGUCGCUGCCAAGGCACAAAUCGUGCGAUUGGAGGAGGAGAAUGUCUUACUGCGUCAUCGACUAAAUCGCAUAUCCAGCGAUCAAAGCACAAACGCCACCAUAAACGUGGAGGCCAAGAUCAAGGCAUUUCAGUUGGAGGGCGAACGCGAUUCCUUGCUAGAAGCAUUGCAACAGCACAAGAAGAAAUACAAUAGGCUCCAUGAGGCCUACUUGGAUAAGGUGAAGCGCUGCAAAGCGCUGGAGGAGAUGUUCAAGCGACAGAAGACGCUGACUGGCUUGGUCAUGAAAUCGGCCUUGGAUCAAAGGCAUACAGAGCAACAAAUAGUGCAGGAGAAGCGCCACUCGGCGCAAAAUCAACGCACUCAAGUGGAGCAAUUGCAAUCGAAGAUAGUUAAGUUACAGGUGGCCCUGGAUGAGUCCUAUGAUAUCAUCGAUGAGAUGGACUUUGAGUUGGAGAGCAUCGACUUUCUUGAGAUGGAAAAUCAAAGAUUACGCGAGGAAUUGGCCGCCAUUAAAGCGGAGAGAACAGCAACCAAUAGUGCAAGUGCUGAGAACAAGGAAAUGCCGGAAGAUAAACCUAUCGAACCACCGCCACCUUAUGAAGACCUUGAUUCAUCGGCACGUCGCCGCUAUAGACAGGAGGUGGCCUCUUCUGAGUGCCAAUCUUGCUUGGUGCCUGGUGAUGCCGAUCCCUCGACGCUGGAGCGUGUAGCUCUAACGCAUAGCUUACUGCAAACAAUCGAGACGGAGAGCAAUGCCCUUAGACGAGAACUCUUGCGUUCCCGUUGGCAACAAACCGUGCGCAAAAAGGGGGAGCAAGAAAAACAAUAAUGCAGAGGAAUGGAAAUAAAUGGAAUUUAUGUAUAGUUUAUGUACAAUCUGUAUUUAACAGCUUUAAGAUAAUUCACAUCUUAAGGAUAAACCCUAGACUAGAAA